CGGAAAUAUUUACUUACGCACGUGGUGAAAGUUUUUUGGAUAACCCAGUUCGACGAUAACGUAUAUGUCAUACGCGUAUUGCAGUGCAGAGAGAAACUAAUAACGAUGGCUGAGAAAACCGAUAAACUCAGGUUUUAUUUUGUCACUUGGAACGUUGCUACUAAAUAUCCCGAACAAGACCUGCACCAACUGCUGGGAAUUGGACACAACAAUGCGAAAGAACUACCAGACUUCUACGUUGUAGGUUUGCAGGAGGUGAAGGCUCAGCCUCAGAAUAUGGUAAUGGGUAUGUUUACCGAUGAUCCUUGGACCAAAUCCCUGAGGGAAACACUCAAGGAACAUGAUUAUAUCAAAGUGCGUAAUCAGCGCUUACAGGGUCUGGUUUUAAACAUUUUUUGUCAGAGACAGCAUCUCACUCAUCUGCGGCUUAUAGAAGCCCAGUUUACAAGGACAGGGUUCGGAGGCAUGUGGGGUAACAAGGGUGCCGUUAGCGUGAGGUUGAACAUUUACGGGGUCAGUAUCUGCGUGGUAAACUCGCACCUAACGCCUCACGAUCAUCUUCUGGCGGAAAGAAUUUCGGAUUACAACAUGAUCCUGAACCAGCAUUUGUUCACCACGAAAGACACCAGUAGCAUAUUUUAUCAUGAUUAUGUAUUUUGGAUUGGAGAUUUAAACUUUCGACUAAAUGGCGAGGAACUGUCGGCAGAGGAGAUCGACUUACUGGUUAAAAAGAAUCAGCUUGAUCUUCUGCUGGACAAAGAUCAGUUAAUGGCUGUAAUGCACAGCGGUGAAGCUUUUAGCGAAUUGAUCGAAAACGACAUCAAGUUUCCUCCGACUUAUAAAUAUGAAUUCGGCUCUCAAGAGUUUGAUUUCAAACGUCGGCCAUCUUGGACUGACAGAAUAUUGUAUAAAGUUAAUACCGACGUCUACGAAGGCAUUAGACUGAAGGCGACUCAGUCGACUUACACAAGCCAUCCCAGCUACGUGCAAUCCGACCACAAACCAGUUACCGGAGAGUUUGAAAUAACGAUAAGAGCUGAUUACGAGGACCAAGGUGUCACGUUCCUACCACUGACCGAGUGGUUUAUCGACGAGGAAAAUUCCGUGUCUUACAAACUGACCGGAAGCAUAGGACCGUCGUGUGGCGACUGGAUCGGUCUUUUCAGAAACGGAUUUACAAGCCUCGACGAAUACAUUGUUUAUGAGUACGUUGCACGAGGCAGAAGUGACGUAGGCUCAGCUCCGCCCGAAACGGACUCGAUAACUGAUCGUAUUUACUUCAGCUACUCCGCGCUUCAAGCGCCUGGUAUGUAUCAGCUUGUUUACGUCAGGCAGAAUGGAAGCACCGUUGGAAUUCUGGGUGUGAGUCCACCGUUCCCUGGUUACCGAAGGCUUCAAUCGAACCCUUUAUGACUCGCAGUUUACCGGGAUGCACACACCGCACCAAGAUCUUUGCACUUUCCCACAUUUCGUUACUUGAUUUAUCGUUUUUAAUCAAAGUUUGAUAUAGAGCUUAUAGCAAAAGACGUGAAAUACGGCACGAAUCGCGGAAUUGUUGUAGAAAACUAGAAUCGUUAUCGCUACUUUUGAAUGGGUAAUAACAGUGGCUUUUAAUAAACACUGUGAAAUUAGUUCCAAUGAGAUUAGGGUGUUUACUUAUUGUUAGUUAACGUUAAGGCUGUCAAAAAAAAAAAAAAAAAAUUUAACAAAUAGCACACAUCAAUCUUAAUUAUUAAUUAAUGUUGCUAUUGUUAUGCACUCGAUCAAAUUCGUCACAAUUUUCUAGGUAUCGAAAAUAUUUUCACGUGUCAGCUUUGGGCUUCGUACAUGACAUUUAGGGUAAUUUUUUAAUACAGGGUUAUCGGUAGUUCAAACAAAUUCCUCAACUAUCGGUAUUUUUAUCAAUAAUAAUAUUCUUUACUUCACGCACGCGUUCUAGAAAUUUAGUAUUCUUCUUUCUAUUCGUCCUAUCCAGUUGUACUCUAUUUUAAACGUAAGAAAAAAAAAGAAAAAACUGAACACCAGUUUUUAUGCUCAAAUUUCAAUAGUGUUUGGAAGGGGGAGAAAUCGAGAGAUAAUCGUUAGUUAUCAGCCAUUCAAUCAGAGGUGUGGUGAAUAAUGCCCCGGGGUGAUUUUUAUUACCUCCCCGUUGGCGGUGAUGUGAAUUUUAUUGUUAUCGGCCAGUUUAUUUUUUUUUUCCAUUUCUUGGAAAAUAAUUCCAAUCGGUUGGGAAAUUUGAAUUUUCACGUCUGUGGUAGAAAAAGGCUGAAAUUUACUUCUGGGGUACCUGCUUUUUCAAAGUUUAUGUAUCUACUAUAUACUUAUCGGCAUAACUACUCCUCGGCAGGUGCGUCACACAAAAAGAUUGUACUAUCUAAUCUUGCCUAUUUUUUUUUUCCUUGUACGUAUUGCUGAUGCACUGCACGAGGAUCAUCGGCAGGUAUAUACUAGGAUCGUACUUGUUGUAUAUUUUUUUUGUCUGUACAGAUAAGUAAUAGAUAUUGAUCGGUUAUCGCUACAACUUUUAUGAUUAUUGCCUUACUAAUAAUAAAAGUAGAAUGGUAAACAAAUUGAAACGAACAAUUGCUUAUUGUUAGUUUUAGACACCUACGCAUGUAUGUAUGUAAAUACUUCUCUUUAUCCAAAAUGGGAAAACAAACGUUAAUCAAUUAAUUAUGCAAUUAACGGUAAAGACAAACUGUAUAGUUUAAUACACUUAUAUUCUUGCUGGUGAUAUUGAAGAUAAUGUUUAUUUUUUAAUCAUUUAAUAUAAGUUUGAUCAUAUCGCGAAAGUUUAAGAAGAUUUUUCACGUCAAUGGCGAACGCUUUAUCUAUUUUUAUUAAAUAUUAUCGAAUAGAAUGGUGGAUGUAAAAUUACGGGUGUGAGGUAAAAAAAAAAAAAAAGCAAAAAAAAAAGUUAUAAAGUGAUGAAAAAGAAUAACAUAAGAGUGGUAGAGGGGGAUUCCAAACGGAAAAGACGAUUUACAAAUUACAAAUUUUUUCUCAUUAUCACGCUUUCUUGUUUCCAUCGGCGCCUUGAAUCGAUUUUUAUCCGUUCUGUUUCGUUGAUAUUCACACUUUUUUUCAACUGUACGAAUACGAUAAUACUCGUAAUUAAGAAAAAUUCUCUGUCAUUGGCUAAAGCCAACAAUAUAUUCAUUGAAAAUAAUAUUCAGACAGGUAAUUGAACGAUUUGAAAUAUUUGGUGUAAAAUAAAUAAUUCUAUUAUAGCCGAUGUAUAUAAUUUAUACAUACAGAGAUAUAUUUUUGCUGAAUACAGUUCACUUUGGUUAAUUUAUUUAUCGCUAUUAUUGUAAAAAUAAUAAUAACAAUAAUAGUCAUUAAAAUGAGAAAAUAUAAAGCGUAUUUUACCAAAGCUUUUCUUUUGUGUCAGGUUCGAAGGAAAAUCUUAUUUAUUUUGAACGAUCCAAAAAUUUGGUAACUUUGGCGGAUAUUAUUUUCAGUUCCUUUCAUCAUUUCGUCAAAUCAAAAAAAAAAAAAAAAUUUCAACGGGUACAUGUACAACGAAGCUAGUUUUCUUAUUUCUAACUUGCUUCGUUCUCCUCACCGCGAUAAAAACAAAAAUAACGUGAAAUAAGUACGUCAUAUUUACUUCUAUUUUUAUGUAAAAAUCUUAUAUGUAUAUCUAUUUACUACGAUGGCGUGUGUGCGUGCAGACAGGUAUACGUAUAUCAAGUGAGAAUUUCAUCCGAUAUACCCACCAAAUUUUUCCAUAGUUAAACAUAAUUUUUUCAUGUAUUAUUAUUAUUAUUAUCAUUAUUAUUACACAACUUUUUAACGUUGUUGUAAUUCAAAAGAAUAAAUAUAAAUUAUACCCGCAUACAGCAAUUAAAACACACGUACACACACACAAACAUACACAUUGAAGCGAGAAAAAAAAAAGGAAAAUAAUAAUAAACAUAAAAGAAUAAAAAGAAUGGAGAUGAUGAUUUAAAUAGCGAGAAAAGAUCAAAAUAAAAUAAGGUCAACAGAAAUGAUAAUAACAAUUAUACCUGAACACUAAAUUUUAUCGCAUAUGUUCCGCGCGAUAUUAAAUUGUAUAAAAAG